GAGGAUGUGCUGUUACGUAAGCGUCACUUUGACAAGCAUGAGGCGCAUACUCAGUACGAAUUUAUUAUUGAGGCAGAGCAGUUUAUUUCUUAGAAAUCCUCGUUCUCAUGCCUCUCUGACAGCGGAUCAACAACGUGUCUGUGCACGGAAUUUCUGCUGGAAAUCAUCGAGCGCCGACACAAACAUGGACCUGAGUAACAUGAGGAAGAAAUAUAAAGGAGAUGAGGACUGCUUUGAGGAGAGCCAGCUUGUGUCUCUGGACCCGAUCACUCAGUUUGGGAACUGGUUCGAUCAAGCCACCAAGUGCCCUGAAGUCGGAGAGGCAAAUGCUAUGUGCAUCGCCACAGCCACCAAAGAUGGACGCCCCUCGGCUCGUAUGGUCCUCCUGAAAGGUUACAGCAACGAGGGUUUCCGUUUCUUCUCCAACUACGAGAGCAGGAAGGGUUCUGAGCUGGAAAGCAAUCCCCAUGCAUGUCUUGUCUUCUACUGGGAACCCCUUAACCGACAGAUUCGCAUUGAGGGCAAUGUGGAGAGAAUCCCCUUCCAGAGCUCCUGUGACUACUUCCACUCCCGGCCAAAGAGCAGCCAGAUCGGGGCCGUUGUGAGCCGACAGAGCACUCCGGUCCCUAACAGAGAUUAUUUAAGGCAGAAGAAUGCAGAGCUGGAGGAGAAGUACAAAGACACAGAUGUGCCUAUGCCUGAUUACUGGGGCGGCUACAUCGUCAAGCCAUCCCUGAUAGAGUUCUGGCAGGGUCAGACCAACCGGCUGCACGACCGCAUCGUGUUCACCCGGCCCAAAGAGGGAGAGACGGAGCUGGGGGAGUUUCAGCACGCUGCCGAGGGGGGCUGGGUGUACCAGCGUCAGUCCCCGUGAGAACUACCUCAAUUUAUCGCUCAUUAUCAAAUGUGUUGAACUCUAUGGAAAUAAGCGCUCGUCUCUAGGUACUUCAAUGUUGAUUUCAUAGGUGCUACUGUGUGAAGGAUUAAUCUACAAGCAAACUGUGUUGUGUCAUCUCCUCGUUCUUUCUGUCAGUUCAUAUAUUUGGAGGCGUGACGCUCUUGUGGUACAACUUGAAUUGUCUUUAUGUCAUGAAAACAUGCUGUAUGGUUUACAGAAAAAGAGCAAAGUCAACCUGGUCGUGCUAAAUAAUGAUUGACAGGGACAUUGUCUAUUCAGCCUUGUUGUCCUAACGUUGUGGAUACUGUGUCCUGCAUCUUAAAAAGCACAACCUGUACCAUAAAUGCAACCCUCAAUGUUGGAAUAAUCUGUAAUGCUUUGGUUUUUAGAGGUCUGUUCCUAAUAAGUUCCAGAAGAAUGAUCUGUCAAUCUAACAAAUAAAUACACUCAGUGGCCACUUUAUCACUUACACUUGAUCAUGUAAUGCUAUCCAAAACCAUAAAGUCAAAAAGUCUACUUUUAUGAUGUUUAUUAAGUAAAAAAGUAAUAGAGGCACCACCUAUUUCUCCUAUAAACAGUACAAUAACAGACAUGUAACGGAAAAUGUACACGUUUCCAAUUAAAAGCAUUUCAGCUCAUCUGAGAUAGAAAAUGUAUGGCAGAGCUGCAACAUGGAAUUGUAACACAUCGUACAAGUGUUCCUAAUAAGGGGGCCUCUGAUGGUAUUCAUUGUUUUUCUUUUUUCUUUCUAAAAUGUUGUAAAAUGUUGUGUUUGAUUGUUGCUACAAUUCUGAGUACUGUAUGUACUGAAGCUUCUCUAGUCAAACCAAGCAACCGUCUCAAAUCUUCAUUAUAAUUAGUAUUAUUUACACUUUAUAGAAUAACAAGCAUCUAUAUGUGUCUUUCUAGCUGACGACUUAAAUUUUGCCGACUAUUGUGUGUAUCAUGUACAUGUUGCACUAUUACGAGAUUUAUACUGGUGAUUAUUGUUUACUGAUGGAAGAUGAGAAUGUUAUUUUGACUUGAAUUCACUGAAAAGCCAGAUUAAAGUUUAAUUUGUAA